CCCUUAAACAAGGGUGAGGGGAUUAUCAUAAACGGGACGCCGAACCCUCCAGUUCAUUGCAAAUAUGGCGGGUAUUGGAAGCGAUGUGAUGCGUCCAUGGUAUGAAUUAGGAUCUCCGAUCGAUGCGUGUUAUCCAUCAGUUUCCACGUCAGAAGAGAAGCCGAAGAAAAAACGAGGGAUAUGCCUGGUUCGUAUGAAAUCUCGUAAGCAGCAACAACAACAACAACAACAACAACAACAACAACAACAACAUCAAGAGCCAAAACCGACUGCAAAUAACAACAAUGUGCCGUUCAAUAUACAUUGCCAGAUAGGCAAAGAGAUAAAGCACAUAUGCAACAAAUGUCGUAGCGCGGACCCGUUGGAAGCUGAAGAGGUGGAGCGGCUGGCAGCCAUGCGCUCAGACUCCCUGGUGCCGGGAACACAUACGCCUCCCAUCCGCCGGCGGAGCAAGUUCGCCAACCUGGGGCGCCUCUUCAAACCGUGGAAGUGGAGGAAGAAGAAGAGCGAGAAGUUCAGGCAGACCUCAGCUGUGUUGGAGAGGAAGAUGUCCACUCGCCAGAGCAGAGAGGAGCUGAUCAAGAAAGGUGUACUGAAGGAGGUUUACGAGAAAGAUGCUGCAGGUGCAGCGGUGCGGGAGGAGGUGAAGAUGGAGAAUGGCCAUUCCUCGCCGCUCCUGGGGGCUCUCCCGGAGGGGGACCGAGCUGAGCAGAUGGAGGGAGCAGCCUCAGCCAUCGGCACAGGGGAGCUCCCGAUGCCUGCGGAGGGCUUCACCAAACACGACAACAGCCAGAAGCCCGGCCAGUCUGCCCCCACCAAGAAGGUCACCAUGUUCGCGCCAAACGACGUCACUGAGUCCAUGCCACAAAAAACUGCCACGUUCCACAAACAACCCCCGGCUCCACCGCCCAAACCCUUCAACAGGCUGCCAAACCACAUGACAGACGGCGCCCCCGUGAGGCUGCCCUGCAUGUCGUCCAGGCUAUCUCCUCCUCUACCUUCCAAGAAGCUCAUGAUCGCCGUGCCUGACUCAUCGCUGAUCGCCUUCCAGAAGUGCCACGUGCCGCUGGGCGGGCACUCCUUGCAGUACGGCACCCUGCCAACUGCCCUCCACCCGCCCAGCCGCAUCAUAGAGGAGCUCAACAAGACCCUGGCCCUGACCAUGCAGAGGUUCGAGAGCUCCAUGAUGCAUGCCGUUCCAACAGUGAUGAUCGAUUGCGAGGAAAAUAAGGAAAACCUUCCAAACGAGGGGAACUACGGGGACCCGGGUUACAAAGACGAAGAGGAUGAGGAGGAGUAUGAUGAAGACGAGGAGGAGGAAGAUGACGAGGAUGAAGAUGAAGAGGAGGAUGAUGAAGAGGAAGAUGAGGCAUUGUUUUCAAGCUCGCUUGCAAUGAAGGUGCUGAGGAAGGACUCGCUGGCCAUCAAGCUGAGUAACCGACCGUCGCUGAGGGACCUGGAGGACAAGAACAUCCUGCCCAUGCUGUCCGACCAGCAGAGGCUGGAGUCCCGUCAGCAGAUAGGCACCAAGCUCACCAGGCGGUUGAGUCAACGCCCAACAGCAGAUGAGCUGGAACAGAGGAACAUCCUGAAACCUCGCAAUGAAAUGGAUGAAGAGGAGAAGAGGGAAAUCAAGAGACACUUAACCCGAAAGCUCAGCCAGAGGCCCACCGUGGAGGAACUGCGGGAGGCUAAGAUUCUGAUCCGCUUCAGUGACUACGUGGAAGUGGCGGAGGCUCAGGACUACGACAGGCGGGCGGAUAAGCCCUGGACACGACUGACCGCAAUGGAUAAGGCUGCCAUAAGGAAAGAGCUGAAUGAGUUCAAAAGCACAGAGAUGGAGGUGCACGAGUCCAGCCGUCACUUUACUAGGUUUCAUCGACCAUAAACUCCAACCCCUCCAUAGCAGUAUACUUUCCUAAUCUCCUAAUACACCACAGUGGCUGGACUGCUGCCCCUGGAAUACUACAAUAUUUUCUGGUGUCUGCUGCAGCUGCCUGGAAAGAACAAUCUUUUACUACAGUAGCCCACUCUUACCUGUGUUCUAGUGCCACCACAGGAAUGUAUGACCGAUGCAUAAAAGCGACACAGACAGAAAAAAUGGCUUCCCCCCAACCUCCCAACAGAUUUUCAUUGUAGUCAUUGUUUAUAUGAUUAUGAUGAAGGGGUGGGGUAUUACUUUGCUGAAUUGUUUUUCUGCAGAACUCUGCUAAGCUGGACUUCAGAAAUUCUGAUAAAAGUAUUUGUGCCAAUGUGGGGUUUGGUAGGAGAAGAGUUCCUAAUGCUGAGAUAUUUUUGGUUCCCUGUCUAGACCAAACUCUUAGACUAUUUGCCUUUGGCACAUUCUAAUUGUACUUGUAUAUGUGACUCCCAUUGAACAUUACCAUACAUAAAAUAUCACAACUAUAGAUCUUAAGGCAGCUGUACCACCACCACCACCACUCCUCCCGACAAGUCUUUUUUUUUUACCGAUUCACGAUAUUAGCAAUAAUCUUAGAUUUAGUCCUUCUGCCUAUUUUUGGGCUGCAUUCAAGAGCUCAAACAUUAGGAUAUUUCAGACAGCUUCACUACCAGUUUGAAACCAAAGCACCACAAAAUGAUAUGGCAGGUGUAAUCUUGAGUGCAUCCCAGAAUAAGGGUUUGGGAGCUCCGCAAUCCACUGUGUCACUGUGCCUACAGUCUCCUUUACAGGGAUUAAACAACUGCAGACUGACUUUUCGCAUUGGAAACUUUUCUGCUAUAACCUUUAAUGCAAGAGAAAAUGGGACUUUUUUUUUGGUAUAUAUACCGUCUGCACGGUAAGACAAUUCUUUGAUAGUACUAACUAGGAAUUCCGCAACAGCCAUUUUUAUUUGGCUGUUGAUACUGAUCAUGAGUCUUGCCAAUAUAAUGUACUCAUCCUUUACUUUUCUAAUUGUUGGUAAAAGACAGACAUUACACCACGAUGACCAUGACAGAGGAUCCGAGACAGGGUCUUUUUCCAAAAAGAACUUGAGUUGCUUUAAUGUUUGACAUUCCUCCUGGUAUUAGUUCUUGGUCUUUGCAUAAUCUCUGAUACGAUGCCUGGUUUCUGGACGAUAUCAAAUACAAAUGUAAUGCAACCCUGGCACUAAUGAAUACAGAUAAACCUGCCACCCUUUA